CUCAGUCUUCUUUUCUCUAUAAAUCCACAUAACCUUUGCAUUUCGUGUCUCAGUCUUGGCUCUAAAUUUUAAACCCUACUUUUUUAAUGUCCUUUGUGCAUUAAAAUCCCAGCUCUUUACACUUUUGUCCUCAAUUUCUCGCUAAAGUUAUACAUACAUGACAACCAAAAAGAGUUGAACAUACUUACAUAAAGUUACAUAAAAUCAAUAGGCAAACAAAAUCAAAAGUACCGAUUCGCGAUGCUUUUGGCCCGCUUAGCCCAUAGGCUGUCAGGACAAUCGCUUAGUCUUUUGGGCCACACCGGAGGUCCUCGGCUCUGGAGUUCCGCCCAGAACUCCAUCAAAUGCAAGCCUCCAACACUGCCAUCUUUGGGCAAUGGGAAGUCCCUGCUGCCAAAGAAGGACAUGCAAGCGCUGCGGAUGCGGAAGUAUUCACGGGAGCCAGGGGAUCGCGACCGUUCUCACCUGGAGAGCCGAACCAGAGGACCCUCGCUCAAGGAUCGUAUGAUGGGCCCACCUAGCGAGAACGCCUACUCCAUGGGCAAGGGAGCGGCGGCGGGAGCGGCAUUGAUGGGUCUCGUGGGCCUGUGCUACUACGGACUCGGUCUGUCCAAGGAGACCAGCAUCUACGAUCACUCUGUGGUGUGGCCCCAGUACGUGAGGGACCGCAUUCACGCCACCUACGCCUACUUUGGGGCAUCCUGCGCCGUAACGGCGGCCUCUUCGGCGGCCAUUUUCCAGUCGGACGCCAUGAUGGCCAUGCUGACGCGUUCUGGGUGGAUCGCCUCCCUGGUCACCUUGGGCGUGGUGAUGCUAAGCGGGGCCCUGGCGCAGAGCAUUGAGUAUCAGCCCGGUAUUGGGGCCAAGCAGCUGGCCUGGGCCGCCCACUGUGCCGUCCUCGGAGCGGUCUUGGCGCCCAUGUGUCUGCUGGGCGGUCCCAUCCUGAUCAAGGCUCUAAUGUACACCGGCGGCAUAGUAGGCGCCCUGUCCACGGUGGCCGCCUGCGCUCCCAGCGAGAAGUUCCUGCACAUGGGCGGACCCCUGGCCAUCGGCCUGGGACUUGUCUUCGCCUCCUCGCUGGCCUCCAUGUGGCUGCCCCCCACGACAGCCGUGGGGGCGGGGCUGGCCAGCAUUUCCCUGUACGGCGGACUGAUCCUGUUCAGCGGCUUCCUUUUGUACGACACCCAACGGAUCGUGAAGUCGGCGGAGCACCAUCCGCAGUACAGCAGCAGCCCCUUCGAUCCCAUCAAUCACGCCUUGGCCAUUUACAUGGAUGCGCUGAACAUCUUUAUACGCAUUGCCAUUAUUCUGGCGGGACAGGAUCAGAAGAGGAAGUAGAGAAAUCGGGAUUCGGGGCUUAUUUUGGGAUCUUAAAUUUGGCAUUGGCGACAUGUGAAAAGUGGAAGGGCAAAUGCAUAAUGGGACAUGAUUGAUUUCAUUCAUAAGCACAUUCAGUAUUCAGAGUAUAAAUUACAGAAUUUAACAAAAUAAUUAUAUGAAAGAGAACAGAUUAACAAUUGUUUUCCUGUAAAUUAUAAAUUAUAUAUAAAUUUGCAAAGCAA